AUGUUCAUGACCGUGAUUGUGGCAGCUACGUCAGUUGUGAACAUCAUCUCGGUCAUCCUCCUCUUUGUUCGCUCGAAAAGACAUCGCGACAAAGCUGAACGAAAUAUGCUCUUUCUAGCAAUUCUAGAUUUCCUUAUACAAGUUACAUACUACAUACUCUGGAUGAUAAUUUACGAUCGAGCAGGUGUUGACGGCCUGGCAGAUCUGCUUGUUCCCUAUGCGACCGAUCUGCUCACAUUCUCAAAUGCUUAUCUUCUUAUCCUUCUUAACAAAAAGAUUCGUGUACGAGUCCUGCGCUACAUCAAGUGCCGAGGAACAUCUGUGAAACCGAAUAGUCUACAGCUUCUCCCGUCUGUUCCUUUGGUCACCGUUGCACAACGAAUUGGACAUCAAUAUUCAAGAUAG